CAGCAUCUCAAACCCUAGCUAGGGCGUUCAUUUCUUUGCGUUUCGAACCCUAGCCGCAGGAGAGGGUAGGGAGGAGAGAUGCCGGCCGGCCAUGGGGUGCGAGCGCGGACGAGGGAUCUCUUCGCGCGGCCCUUCAGGAAGAAGGGGUACAUCCCGCUGACGACGUACCUCCGGACGUACAAGAUCGGCGACUACGUCGACAUCAAGGUGAACGGCGCCGUCCACAAGGGGAUGCCCCACAAGUUCUACCACGGCCGCACCGGUCGCGUCUGGAACGUCACCAAGCGCGCCAUCGGCGUCGAGAUCAACAAGCAGGUUGGUAACCGAAUCAUUAGGAAGAGGAUCCAUGUGCGUGUGGAGCAUGUGCAACCUUCCAGGUGCACGGAAGAUUUCCGCUUGAGAAAGAAAAAGAAUGACGAGCUGAAGGCGGAGGCAAAGGCACGUGGUGAGAUCAUCAGCACAAAGCGGCAGCCCGAGGGUCCCAAGCCUGGUUUCAUGGUCGAAGGAGCCACAUUGGAGACCGUCACUCCAAUUCCCUACGAUGUGGUCAAUGAUCUCAAGGGUGGUUACUAGGAUGUUAUCUCUCUCAGAUUUUUGCGCCUGCGCUUUCUCCUUAAUUUCUCUGGACUUCUUGGUAGUUUGUUGGAUGCUGUUUGUUUUUGGUGCACUAUGAUGCCUGAAAAUAUUUUAUUUGCUUCCGUGAUGGUUAAAGCUUAAGAGACUUGGUUAACCAGUCGAAGGUGAUCAGAUUUUUGAUUUUUAAGUU